AGUGGAUACAGCAAAAGCUCAAGCUGCCCAGCUCUCACUGAGCUUUUUCAACCAAUCUUAUACAUUCUGUUCAUCAUCAUUUUAAUCGUGGUUCGCUAAAUAUUUUAUUAAAAAUAUCUAAACAUUUGUGCUAAUCGGCAUUGUGAUUAAUAACUGCGAUAAUUAUAUAUAUAUAUCUAUACAUAUACUUAUAAGUAUUGUAUGUAUGCAUAUGUAUAUAUAUUUACACACAUAAAUCAUCAUGAGAACGUUUUUGGAAUUUACUCAAACAUAAACAAUUCCUGUGAAAGCUCCCAAGAUUAUCUUUUGGGCGGUGUCAAGUUAGGACUUUCAUAAAAAGAAAUAAAAAAGAAGAAAAUAAAAACAAAACUGGGGAUUUUAAAAAAUUGUAUAACAAAAAUGAUAGACGAGGACGAUCAAGAUGAGCAACUACGUCGUACUGGGAGUGACGUAGAAAUAGAAGAGUACACUGACACAGAAGAGCCAGCAUACACGACUUAUCAACCAAGUGAUAAGCUCUUUGAUACAGAGCAGCCGUGUUGGCAAAGGUUUAGUUUCCUGGCCACCUUGGGCAUUGUCACAGCUUCGGUAACAACCUCUAUCAUCAGUUUGCCACUGUACCUCGAGAAUGUAAGCGGAACGGCGAAUGCCUACACAGGAUUGUUAUUCAUAGCCUUUUUAUCAACGUGUAUCUUCGGAUUGAUGACUGUCAUUGGCGAAAAAGUGUCACCUCCACCGACACUGAUUCCCAAUAGUCUGAAGAUAAAAAUACCACGAUGUAGCCUCGUGAAAAUAAGUUGCUUUUACGCGCUCUCGGGAAUACUCGUCACACUUUCACUGGAUCAAAAUCGAGUGCUUUGUCACCUUCAGGAUCCUAUCAAGGGUAUAACGCUUGUCUUCUCCCUUGUUUAUUACUUCUUCUUCUGCCGCAAGAUGAUGAGCCUGCAGCGUAUAUUUUCCAGUACAACGAUAAUCGUCGGUUUGUUCAUAAGUGUGGAUUAUGGAUUGUGUGACGAGUUUCGGUGUCGCGGUCGCGAAGUAUCUGCACACACAUUAACGAUGAGAGGUUCUUGGGGCGUGAGAGCGGUUUGGACUCUAGUUUAUGUGGCUUCACUGGCAGUGUUUGCCUUGGUCUUCACCCUGCUGGAGCUCCACUUCACCACAGGGCAGCAAAGUGUCUGCCGUUUGCUGACGACUCAGCACAAUUCGUUCCUCUACACCGUCUCUAGGCUGGUCUCAUCCCGAGACAUAAGACGCCGCGGGUCUGAAGAAGAAGGAGGCCGUUUAUUACACGUCACUGAUCCAGACCCGACGAUCAAGCAGAAGCACUUACCCAAACCUCCGAUACUUAGAACUUUGUUCCACAUUCACGCCAUUUCUUUCAUUGUCGUCCUGGCGUUUAUUUGGGUUGAUACUCUUCCUGGUAUAGGUCGGGGUUUUACUCCAAGAGAGCUCUUCACAACAAUUGAGCACGGCUUCAAGUGUCACUUUAAAAGCAGCAGCUCUUGCACUGGAGUAGCUAACCAUGGAUGGAUUUUUCUUUUUUCCUACAUCACCUUCUCCAUAUCAAUCCUGAAUUUUUUGUCCAUGUGUGAGAGUGCUGUCUUUACCGUAGCCGCUACUACAAUUUCUCUCCCUCUUUCUGGCAUUUGGUGGAGUAUUUACAAGAUGGAUGUGGGGUCCAAUGGAGGAAUAAUAAAAUGGUCACCAGGAGUAACAGGCGAAUUAAUUUGCGCACUUUUGGGUCUACCAGUAGUACUCCUAGGACUUGGUCUUUUGAUAAGAUCACACUUUCGUGAUACUCAACCUGCUUACCAAAGUAUUCCGCCCCCGGAUUUACACCGUGAGAUAUACAAUAGAUGAAUUUUAUCCUUUUAAAGUAAAUAUAAUAUAUAUAUUUAAAAAAAAUACACCUAGAUUAGAAACAUGAAAGUAUGCGUGCGAUCAUCGAUACUAUUGAAUUAAAAAAAAAAAAUUGAUAUAAUUAAUUAGUAAAAGGUUGAAUUUUUAUGUCAUGCCAAAAAUAUGCCGAGCCAUGUAAUGUCAACUUAUUUGUAACCUUGUUAUAGUCAUUAGACUUUUUACUAUUCCCUUUUCCUAUUAAAUAUAUUGAACGAUUAAAUGUUCUUUAUAUACACCUCUUUUGUUAACCAUAUUAAUUGUCACGUACUUUUUUAAAUAAAAUAUUUACAGAAAGUAGUUUUAUAUAAACAUAAAA